GGGCGGCCGCGGUCCCGUAGCGGUGCCGGCGGGGAUGGGCGAUGUGGCGGCUGAGCGCGGCCUGGGCCCGACCCGCGGCGCUGCGCGGGGCCCGGCGCGGCCUCCGGGGCGGUGUGACCGCGGGGAGAUGCUCGGAGGGCGGCCUGGCGCUGCGGGGACGGACCGGGCCGGGAGGGAGCGGCGGCUAUAAGCAUUUGAUAAAAGAAGAUGAUCAAAAGACUGUUAUUUGCAUUGAGGGGAACAUUGCGAGCGGAAAAACGACGUGCCUGGAUUACUUUGCACAGACUACCAGCAUCGAGGUCUUGACAGAACCAGUGAGUAAAUGGCGGAAUGUUCGUGGUCAUAAUAUCCUGGGCUUAAUGUACCAGGAUGCUUCGAGGUGGGGGAUAACCUUACAGACUUACAUACAGCUUACAAUGUUGGAGCAGCAUACCAAACCAAUGAUUUCCCCAGUAAGAAUGAUGGAGAGAUCGAUUCACAGUGCAAAAUACAUUUUUGUAGAGAAUCUGUAUAGAAGUGGGAAGAUGCCAGAGGUGGAUUAUGUUGUCCUGUCUGAGUGGUUUGACUGGAUCCAGAACAACACUGACGUUUCAGUUGAUUUGAUUGUUUACCUGCAGACGUCUCCUGAAGUUUGUUAUGAGAGAUUAAAGAGAAGAUGUAGAGAAGAAGAGAAAAUCAUUCCUCUGGAAUAUUUAGAAGCUAUUCAUCAGCUCUAUGAAGAGUGGCUCAUUAAACAUACGCUAUUUAAAGUUUCCUGCCCAGUGCUUGUUAUUGGAGCUGACCACGACAUGCAGAAAAUGAUAGAAAAGUACGAAGAAAACCGGGACCAAAUACUAAACCCGUAUAAUAUGCAACAGCAUUUAUAGAAGUUUAAAUUGAAUGGUUUCUGCUUUAGACCUGCACCUUGUAGGAUGUUGUGAACUUCUCACUAGAAGGUGCUCAGGAACAAGUCAUAAACAGAAUAUGACCCAAUUCCAUUCCAAGUUUUUAGGUUCACCAUCCACUUUACUGCAUCAGUUCUGUUUUGUUAAAAUGUGUCUUUCUCUCACUCCCAAUUUACUGCUGUUUCCUAUGAAAUAAUGCUUUUCUUUUCCCCCAUGACAGUUUUGUUUCUGUAGCGUAAGAGGUGGGUUGUCCUGCUGUGUGUUGCAUUCAGUAGCUGUGUUAAGCAGCUGGGGUUAUGUCAAAAGAGAGUGUGUAGGGGUUCUUUCUGUAAUCCUGCCUACACUGAUGCAUUUAAUUGAACUCUUUUUCUACUGCUUUACAUGACAUCACGAUAUAGCUGUAGUUCUGAAGGUAACUAUGUGUAGUCACAUAGAAAUCAGUGGUGAACAAAUAGUUAAAUAGUCUUUGUAACUGAUGUCACUGAUGGUUCUGAGGAUUUUUCUAGGCUGGGUUUUAAAGGGGCUGAUGUCUCUAGUUUUCAUGAAAUUGCCUUCUCAUAGGUGAGUGGAGGACUAGUGAGAAUACAGUGGGUUUGGAACUCUGCCUUUCCUUUCAAACGGUGAUGUAAAUAAUGAAAGUAGUUGAUUUCUUAACUGCUCUGGAUUCUUAAAUACUUGGGUUGUUUUUUCUAAUUAUUUAUUAUAAAGAAAUAUAUGAAUGGUUCUUUGGGUAUACGCUUUAUUGCGGCUUGGGGAAUAGAGAAAUGGGUGUUCAGUUCUUCUGAUUAUUUGCUUAAGUGUUGACGUGCUCUUUAUUUCUGCUUUACCCUCUUGAAUGUUGUCUUCCAUUGCUUACUGCCUAAACAUCUCUAACUUAUGGACCACGAUUUUCAGUUAUUUGGCUUUUUCACAUGUUACUUGACUGCAAACACUUCACUUCUUUUAUUUGGUGGUUUUAUGGUAGCUGUAUAUACCUGAAGGAGGCUGUAGCUAAAAUGACUGCAGCUUUUUCCAAGUCAGGAGAUGCAGUUCAUUUCUUCUCAUGGGAUUUUUAUUUAUUUAUUUUUAAAAGCAGUGCAGCUUAGGAAUGAUCAGUGCAUGGAGUGUUUCCAAGUGAGUACUGCAUCAGUAUGCUGAGGCUUGUGAACCCAGUUCUGUUCUGUUUUAGAGCUUUAGAAUUCCAGCUCAAAAGAAAAGGUUUAUGUAUUAAAUAAUUAUCUUACAGAAGCUUAUUUGUACAGGAGCGGUGGUCAUUCUGGAGACAUUCUGAUAAACUUUCAAAGUUCUUUUUUGUUUCUUAGAGAAGAAAAAAUUCUCUAGAAAUAGUUCUGUAAGUUUCAGCCAUCUGCAGAUUGUUGUUAAUUGCAAUCUGAUUAUGAGUUGUAGAAGCCAAUGGUGUGUGUUCUGCAUGCUAACCUGGCAGCCCAGAGAGGAGCCUCUUAAUUCUGUUGUGCAGAAAAUGCAAGUAAUUUAGUACCUCACAAAAAUGACUCUGGUGAGUCAGUCAGCCUUUUUGGUACUGUUUCCCCUUACCUUGGGAGCCUGGAGUGGUGUGUAAAUCAUUUAAGAAGAAAUGAUUCUUUGCCAUUUAAAUUCUCCAGGUUUUUCCUGGUUCCCUGAGCCGUUGUUUUCUCUUUGUGCUUAACAGCCUGUAAUGGAAUUUUCUUCUGGAAACUUGUCACUUUAUGAGCAUUUAGAUGUAAUAUCCUGUCACAGUGAGUUCUACAUCUAAACUGCAAGCUAUGUGAGAACUGAUUAUCUCUUUUCUGUAUUGUAUAUCUAAUCUGGAUGGAUAUCUUCACCAGACUUUAGUACUGACUUUAUUGAGGUGUCCUAGCAGUCAGUAACAUCUGGGAGCAGCACGUAAACUGACUCGAAGAGACAGAGAGACUGGCAAAAAUUAAAAUGUUAAACAUUGCAUUUUCUUCACCUGGCCUUCUGUGUGCUCUCUUCUGGCGUGGGGAGGAUGUUUAUAUCUUACUUAUUUGAUUAAACAUUUCAGAGUUGAAUGUCCAAAACUGCAGGUCCUAAGAAGCCUUGAUGAUAAUUGUGUUCACUGGUGUAAUUAGCAUGCAGAACUACUGCCAGCACCAGGAACUGAUCCAACAUCUCUUUUUCAGUGCUUUUCCUCCUGCAGAGUCUGGGUAUUCUGCCAUCAGUUGCAAUUAAAAUGUUCAGACCUGAAGCUCUCCGUGCUCUUGCAAGUAAUGGCUCUCAUAGCAAGGUACUGUCCUGUCUGAGGACUUGGAGUAUCUAAUCCUUCCUGUAGAGCAUAGAGGUCGAAGUAAUUACUGUGUAUUUCUAAAGCAGGUUAAAGUCAGGUGAGGAAUAUGGUUUUUUACUUUGUUUCCAGCAUUUGGGGGGCUACCAGUUGGCAGUUUUCAAAAGGUUUAGUCUCAGAACAAAGAGCCAGUAGUUGUAGGAUUACUUUGUACAUAAGAGAAAUGUAAUCUUCUGUCUUGUCCAGAUGCCAUUUAUCUGAUUUUAGUUGUUGGUUUGUUUUGUAAGAGAAACUGGCUUAUCCUAAAAUAACUCCAAAACUUACUGUAAGGGUUAACUGUUGUGUAAACACUCCUAUAAGAGUGGUGUCUCAACACUUACAGAAGGUCAGGUAAGAGUGAUGCAGUAGAGGAGCUCUGGUUUUUACUUGUGUACUGUGCUACUUGAUUUUAUUUAUUCUUGUGUCGGGGGCUUUGAGCUGAUCCCUCUGUCUGAUAAGUGAUUUAUUUCUCUCUCACAUCUCCCCAUGAUGAAUACUGAGCUGUUUGGACUUUUACUGUAAGUAGGCUGCUCUGCACGUGCUGCUGUAUUCUGUUCCAUUCCUGCCCUUUCUGCAGGGAGCUGUAUUGUUUAAUGCUGCGAAAAGGAAACCUUUAGGAUUUAUCAGCUGUCUCACUUAAGAGAACAGUGCCACGUAGCUUCCGCUGGAUGGAGCCUUUAGUGGUGAUGGUGGAUUACUGGUUAUAACUCUCCCAGUGUUCAGAUACAAGUAAAGUUAAAUAAAUAAACGUGAUGUUUUAGAAA